CAGGAGAGAUCGGGUGUACCGUUGCUUUUGCCGCUGUGCGUCUCGUAGACAGAAGCACUUAUUAACUGUUUCGUUUUGUGUAGAAACAAACUUCUUUUCGACAUUUCGGUGCUUGGUUAGUGCUCAAGCAAGAUUGCAUAGUCUGAUCAAGUGCAUGUUAGAUAACUUAUUUUGAUAAAUGCAAAUGCAAAUAGAUUUAUCGCCCCAGACGAAUGGAUAUUGAUGCAUUGGGCUACCGAAUUGCAGGUGUAAAUAUAUAUCAAGCAUUAAACAGCUUUCUGUGUUUAUAAUUAUAAUAAGCAUAUGUAUAAAGGACAAACCGAAGUAAUCGCUCUUGGAAAAUGAUGAAUCGAGGCUUAAUCUGACGAAACAUUAAACUUCAUCAUUAUUUUAUACCGUUUGUAUAUUUGAGUCCGUAGCGAUCAGUCACGGCCAGGGCUCCGUGUGCGAAGUCGCCGCCACGCCAUUCGCUUCGUCAACUAUUAUGGUCGUGAGCCUCUCGUGAGUUCGCAGACCGACUUCCCACAACAUGCUGCGGGUGUGGGCACUGACUUGGCUGUGGGUGGCGGGGUGCGCCCGUGCCUUCGGGUCCGAGUGGUCCUACGAGGGCGCCACCAUCACCCUCGCCAACCUCAACAUCUCCUACAGCGACCCCGCGACGGGCAUGAACAGGACGGACGUCGGCGAGGUGGGCAAGUUCGGCAGCGGGGCGGUGGGCGUCGCGGCAGGAAUCCUGAUCGUGGGGCACUCCCUGGACGGGGGCGACCCCAGGCACAACAGACACGGCUGCAAGAUGCCCUGGGCGGUGGUGCCCACCAACGAGCCGUGGGUGGCGCUGGUGUCCCGCGGCGAGUGUGCCGACAGGGAGAAGAUCGCCAACGCCCAGGCCCUCAACGCCUCGGCCAUCCUCGUGUACGCCAAGGACGCGCAGGAACACCUGCAGAAGAUCGCCCUGUCUUCUUUCUCACGUGAGCGCGGCGUGGUGGUGUUCCUGGCGCACCAACAGGGGGAGCAGCUGGCCAGAAUGGUGGAGAAUGGUACCAAGGUGUAUGUGUCGAUUACCAGGGGCGAUGAUGUCAAAUACCGGGUCACUAGCAUCAACCGGACGUCGGUGCUGUUCGUGUCGGUUUCCUUCAUCAUCCUUAUGGUGAUUUCCCUUGCCUGGCUCAUCUUUUACUAUAUACAGAGGUUCCGCUACAUCCACGCCAAAGAUAGGCUGGCGCGCCAUCUUUGCAAUGCAGCCAAAAAGGCGUUAUCGAAAAUUCCAGUCAAGAAUUUGAAGUCUGGAGACAAGGAAGUUGUGACAGAAAACGAAUGCUGCGCUGUCUGCAUCGAGCCCUAUCAGGUGUCAGACACAGUCAGGACUUUGCCUUGCAAACACGAAUUCCACAAGAGCUGCGUCGAUCCUUGGCUUCUGGAGCACCGAACGUGUCCCAUGUGCAAGAUGGACAUUCUGAAAUUUUAUGGAUUCGUCUUAAGUGGCAGCGAAGAGAGUGUGUUGCAACUCGACAUGCUGGAAGACACCUCGGGGGGGGAUAUCGAAGCUCGGGCCCCCACCCCCCCUCCCCCAGUCAACCCGCGCAGCAGCCAUGUGUCUCAGGUCAUGGUUGUACCUCGUGCUGAGACGUCAGUGAGCGAAAAUUCCUGUGACGGCUGGUCAGAGACGCCAGUCCCAGACACCCCUAUUUCCCCAGUGCAUCAGCCCCAGAACAGUGCUCCCCCCCCUGGCUCUGCAACCUCAUCGGUGUUGAGGUCUGUGUUGGGCUCGGCUCGAAGUAGAGCUAGCCAGUCUGCAAGAGUAUCUCAGUCUAGUCAAACAACCGCAUCUGCCACAGUUUCCAGGGCAUCUAGGCCACCCACACCACAGUCAGAGAAAGGAGAAAGCAGGAAAGAUGAAGGCCAAGAGCAAGGACAGGAAUGCGAUGCCAAAAGUGAAGUUGAAUUGGCAUCUGUCUGUUCUGAUGACUUCAGUGAUGCUCUGAGCACCCAUAGUGCAGCAGAAAUUACUGCAGAUGAUUCAGGAAUGACUUGUCCAAACGAAAAUGCAGAUCAGGUCAAUGUAAACAUUAAUGUUAACAGUGCAACAAACUGCAUAUAUGUGUUACCCUACGAGAACACAUCUGAGAGCGUAACUGCUAUAAGCGCCACAUCUUCCGUCCCAUCAAGUGCCCAGACAAAUUCAUCAUCUACAUCACAGUCUCCUUCUCGUAAAUCCUCAGUAUCCAGUAGGAGAUCAACCAUACACUCUAGGUCAUCUCCCAAGAAAAGGUCAACCUCAAGGACAAGGUCUAUUUCUAGAAGGAGAUCUUCAUCUCGAACAAGAUCCCCCUCCAGAGGGAGAUCAUCAUGUCAGGAGUCUCCCUCACACUCUGCCCUAACUGUUGCUUCCAGAUCUGGUAGAGUGUAUUCGCGUCCUUCCAGCCAUAUUGUUAGUGUAUCUCACGUCUAAGUGAAUAACAGACAGACUAAUGUGAUCAGAGAAAUGUUCGUGUAAGCUAGUGGUUAUGGUGAUAUGCUUCCACAUGUUCCUGGAAGGCUGAAUUGUCUGUGAUCAUACAACCUGAAGGUGCCGUCUAGUUUUUCUGGAACUGUUUACAUGUAGUCAUUUGCCUAAACCACAACAUCAGCAAGUAUGAAGUCAAGGAUAUUUGGCAUUGCCCAUCAUAAACGUUAUCCUAGAAAUAUCAGUGAUUGUUACCAUUAUGAUAAGUAGAAAAGACAUAAUCUUUCUUAGAUUCUUAUGAGGAUAAAUCAUUAUACUUGACCAGUGUUAUGACAUUGUAAUUAUAACUGAUGAGUAACUGAAUGGUAUGUCUGUCUAAAAUCUGUAUUUCAAUUUAAACAUUAUAUACUACUGACUUCUGUCUAGAUGAGUGAUUCUCAGUCAAAGUUAAAUGUUCCCCCUGUGGUAAAAAAAAAAAAAAAAAUGAAA